GUAAAACAUCACUCACGUCAUAUUGACAUAAUGUAAUGUUUAGAUACAUUCAAAAUUCUCAGUGAAGAUGAAAAUUCUUUCAAACCAAAUACCAUUUAAAAUUCUCAGUAUUAUCAAAAAUCAUAUAAUAUCUUACAGAAAUUACGCAUUGAUAAAACGACGAACAAAAGAAACCAACAGUAAAUUUUCCCAGUACAUCAUUUUGAGAGCUAAUAAAGAUGAUUUUCCAGCUAUACUGAAAGUCAUGCAUGAGACCUUCUACAACCAGGAACCCACAUGUUUCUCUAUUGGUCUGAAACAUAAUUCCAUAAUGGACGAAACUGCACUGCAAAAAAUGUCCGAGGGAAUAACUGUCGUUGCCAGAUGUAAAAACAACGGUUGUGUAGUAGGAGCCGCAAUUAAUGAAUCGACAAACCCUUGGGAUCCAGAUUUGAAAGAAAAAUUGGCUUGUAGCGUUCAAUGUCCAAAAAUGAAACACUAUCUUCUUUUUCAGGCUCAUGUUCAGCGAUCUCCUAAACUCUGGGACUGUUUUCACGUUCAAAAAAUCUUUGAAAUAAGUAAUAUUUUCGCCAAAGGAGAAAUGAAGGAUCCUCAGCUCAUGACAAAAUUGAUACAAGAAUCUAGAUCUUUGGCAGCAGACUGUGGAUAUAAAGUUGUUAGAGUCAAUGCUAGUACCCCAACAAUUGCUAGCAUUUGCGAAAGUCUUAACAUGAAAUUAGCAGCAGAAAUACCUUUCUGUUCGUAUUUAGGAAAAAAUUUAGAACCAAUUUUCAAUCCUCCACAUCCAUUUGAAUCCGUAAAAAUAUAUGUGGAUGAAAGUCCACAGAAACAUUUGAUACAAACUAAAAGGAAGAAAUAGUAUUAUCAAAACUAUUAAUAAUAAAAGUGUUUUACUCAAUUUUUAAAA